AUGGCUUAUACCCUCCAUUUUACAGCAACGCGUGGUUACGUCGUACCAUCAACUGUUUCGACGCCUUUGCCUUCUCAAACCGCUAUUGAUAACGACGGCGGUGGCCAGUGUGGAACAUCCGACGGCUUAUCCAAGAAGGGCUUAGGUGAGGCCUGUGAUAGAUCCAUUAAUGAGUUCGAUGCCGAUACUGUGUAUAAGGGUUACGCAACGCGAUACAGUCGAUCCAACAAGGGUAUCCUCAUGGCUGCUUCGUUCGGUCAAGCUGCUUGUAUUGCCAAGUUUGAGUGUGAUGAUUAUGGCAUUGGUAUGAAGGGCAGUGAUAUUAUUGCCGCUUGUGAGAAUGCCAAGAAGAAUGAUGGUAUCUGGUAUCGUGAUAGACUACUGCACAAACUCACGUCUUUACUGUCCCCUUGA